UCCAGCGAAAUUCUGUCCUGCCUUCUUAAAAGAGUCCGCAAUGUUAAGUUCGCUAUACACACGUCCCUCUGACGUUUAGCCCAACAUACACAUCACUGGCGUUACCAGAAAAAUCUGCACGGUUACACCAAGAAACAAACCUGCGCGAUAUACGACUGAAAAGAAAAUCAUAGCUACAAACAGACCCUGCUCUGCUCGGCUCGUACCUGAGACACGGGACGACCUGCCACCAUGCCGCUGUUUGGUAAAUCCCACAAGAGCCCUGCAGACAUCGUGAGAACACUUAAGGAGAACAUGGUCGUCCUUAUCAAGCAGGACAAGAAGACGGAGAAGGCCUCAGAGGAGGUGUCCAAGUGUCUGGUGGCGAUGAAGGAGAUCCUUUAUGGGACCAACGAUAAGGAGCCGCACACAGAGACGGUGGCCCAGCUGGCCCAGGAGCUCUACAACAGCGGUCUGCUCAUCCUGCUGGUGGAAAACCUGCAGGUCAUCGACUUCGAGGGGAAGAAGGACGUGUGUCAGAUCUUCAACAACAUCCUGCGGAGACAGAUCGGGACGCGCAGCCCCACGGUGGAGUACUUCUGCUCCCACCAGGAGGUGCUGUUCAUCCUCCUCAAAGGGUAUGAAACUCCCCAGGUGGCUCUGAGCUGUGGCAUUAUGCUGCGGGAGUGCAUUCGCCAUGAGCCCCUGGCAAAGAUGCUGCUGCACUCAGAGCAGUUCCGGGACUUCUUCAGCUACGUGGAGAUGUCCACCUUCGACAUUGCCUCUGAUGCCUUUGCCACCUUCAAGGACUUGCUCACAAGACACAAGGUUCUGGUGGCAGAGUUCCUAGAGCAGAACUAUGAUGCUGUAUUUGCAGACUACGAGAAGCUGCUGCACUCUGAGAACUACGUCACAAAGAGACAGUCAUUGAAGCUGUUGGGAGAGCUGCUGCUGGACAGACACAACUUCACAGUGAUGACGCGCUACAUCAGCAAGCCAGAGAACCUCAAGCUCAUGAUGAACCUGCUGAGGGACAAGAGCCCCAACAUCCAGUUCGAGGCCUUCCAUGUCUUCAAGGUGUUUGUUGCCAACCCCAACAAGACACAGCCAAUCGUGGACAUCCUCCUGAAGAACCAGACCAAACUAAUCGAUUUCCUCAGCAACUUUCAGAAAGAGCGCACGGACGAUGAGCAGUUUAAUGAUGAGAAGACGUACCUGAUCAAACAGAUUCGGGACCUCAAGAAACCGGCCUCUUAGAACCUUGGAACUGUCAACCUCACCAUCCUCUCUUUCUAAUGAGAAAAACAGAAAUGAUAGUAACAAUAAUAAUGCUAUUUAAAAUAUUGAAAACAUUUUUGUCUCUUUAGUUCCUUAAAAAAGCUUGCAAAAAAUAGUCAAUCACAGAUCUUUAGCAUCUGUUUUUUCCACAAACAGCAUUGUUUUUAUCACCAGUGUAGUGCCAUUGUCACCUUUUUUUAGUUUGAUUUGUUUUUAAUGCAAGUUUAAAAAAGGAUGAACCAAAGGUUUCAGUAACAUCAGUAGGCCCCUCAGUUUAUUGGCUUUGAUGAGGGAGAUAUAAGAGGUGAGCACUGAAGUAGUGUUUGAAUUUACAUAGAUGAAAUAUCAGUAUGUUUUUUUUUAACACUCCAAAACUAAGAGCAGUCAGUCCAGACAAGCAGGUGAAUGAUAUAAACAGAUUGCUAAUAACACUAAAGAUGAUUCAAAUGGUUUGCCAAAAUAUUUUUUCUUUCAGUAUAGCAAAAGUGAGUGAUUAGUUGUAACUAACAAAAAGGUGUUGUGUUCCAUAUGUGUGCGUGUUUCCAUGUGUAUGUGUGUGUAUUUUAUGUGUGUGCGCACUUGUGCGUGUGUGUGUAUGUGUGUGUGCAUCUUGCUUCCUGGACACUAGCCAUUCUGCAUUCUUUUUCUCUUGUUCUCUCUCACCUCAUGAAAACGGGUCUUUUUCAACACUCUUUACUUCAUUUCAAACUUGCAGGCCUUUGAUACAAGAUACAGUAAUGUACACAAGGUAAUACAGUACAGUUUGAUGUAGCCUUUUGGAUGCACCAAGGUGCCAUAAUUCAUUCCUUAUAUCCCAGAGACCAGCUGUGAAAUGCAUCACUCUGAAAAAUACGGGAUUAUGUCUAUUGGCAUGACUUGUUUUUAAAAGGAACAUUGAUUUUUGCAUUAAAGGGGCACUUCACUGAAGAAUCCAGUUUAAUAGGCCAUCCUGUCCCUAUUAAACAGUUGGCUUACUUUCUUUCUUGUCUCAAACUGAUUUCAGUCUUUCCUCAAAAAAAACCUCUCUUGAACUGAACCAAAUAGUGUCCAUAAGGAUAUUUGAUUACUUCAUUGUUAAUAGUCUAGAAAAAGUUCAUGGCCAGAUGAUACAGGUAUCUAUUCAUAAUCCAUUUCUUCACAGAACCAGGUGAGUUUUUAAUGUAUCUGAACCCAGCACAGCAUUUGCUCUGAUAAUAUCUAAAAGUAAACCAUACGUCCAACUUGUGCAGUUUACUAUGAAGUGUUUUUUUAUAGAAAAAACCCAAGUAAAAGCUUGACAAAUUACACAUUUUGGUGGAU